UUAACGUCAACACCGACCAGUUCCUGCCCCAGUAAACCUCUUCGACGUCAUCAAACCGUUCAUCAAAUUAUCCAUUUUGUAAUUUCCUUCUUUUUUUUUUUUUGGCGAAAAAUUCCAUGUCGGACCAAAAAUAUUUUUAAUUUUUUUAGAAGAUAUGUUCCAAAUUCUAAAUUUUAGGCGCUCACAUUCCGUGUAUAUAUAAGCAGCUACUUAUCUUGGACCCCCCACAAAAUAGAAAGACACAUAGUAAACACCCGCUUUGCUUUGAGAGAUUUUAGAAGGUGCUAUUGGCUUAGCUCGAACAAAUCAACAUGGUUUCUUGGGUUAGAGGGAAGUGUGUAGGCAAAGGAAGUUUUGGUACAGUGAGUCUCGGGGUUAACAUAUCGGACGGUCGUGUAUUUGCAGUGAAGUCCGUGGAUCAAAAUUCCGGUAUGGUUAGUCAAUUGGAGGCUUUGGAGAACGAAAUUCGGAUCCUCCGAUCGUUGUCUUCGCCUUACGUGGUCGGGUUCCUUGGGGACGAUGUCACCUGCGAGUCUCCAACGACGUCGUACCGGAACUUGCACAUGGAGUAUUUGCCAGGUGGCACCGUGGCUGACUUGGCAAAACGAAUUGCCGACGUGGACGAGAGAAUUGUACGGUCGCACACUUGGUGUUUAGUCUCGGCUUUGAGGUACUUACAUUCACAAGGCAUUGUUCAUUGCGAUGUCAAGGGGAGGAACGUUUUGGUGGGUCCCAAUUCCAGUUUAGCAAAGCUCACCGACUUUGGAUCGUCGGUUGAGCUCUCAGGAGACACGUGUAAGGCACCGAUUCUGCCACGAGGGAGUCCUUUGUGGAUGGCACCGGAGGUAAUUAGGCGGGAAUCUCAGGGGCCAGAAUCAGACGUAUGGUCUUUGGGGUGUACUGUGAUCGAAAUGAUAACCGGGAAGCCAGCGUGGGAGGAUCGCGGGGUUCACACGCUGAGUCGAAUCGUAUUCUCGGACGAGUUGCCUGAGUUCCCAACUCGGUUGUCGGAACUUGGCCGGGAUUUCCUCGAGAAGUGUCUUAGGAGAGAGCCGAGCAAGCGAUGGAGCUGUGAUCAGCUGCUACAGCAUCCAUUUCUUUUGGCUGUGUCGCCAAAUACAGUUACGGUUUCCGACACGUCACCUCGUUGCGUACUCGACUGGGUUAACUCAGAGUUCGAGGAAGACUAUGAAGAUGAUGAUGAUGAUGAUGACGAUGACGACGAAGAGUUUUCUGCUAAAGAGAGAAUUGGUAAAUUAGCAACAAGCAGAGGGUUAAAUUGGGAAUCGGAUGGUUGGGUGGUAGUGAGAGAUUUGGAAAUUGCAUGUGACACAGAGGAAGCAGCAGGUGGGAAUUCUUGUUGUGGGGACGGAGGAAGGGUAGGGACAAGUACGGAAUAUGAAAGUUUAAUGAGGACAAAAGAGGAAAUAGCUGGAACAACCACCGCAUAUUCGGAUUCUCAAAGGACAACUACUGCAACAACAACAGAGAGGACACGUUUGGAAUAUUCAAAUUCAGGUCGUGGUUGUGGCGGUACAAAUUUACUGAGUCUGGUUGGGCAGUAUAGUAAUAGUAAUAAUAAUUACUGCGAAUGGGAUUGUGGGCUCUCAUGGUGUUGGGCUUUCGGUGGAUGCGUUUGUAAUGCUAAGUUGAGCUGUCGGUAUGGAUCACAAAAAGUAGAUUUUGCGGUGGAGAGUCAAUGGACAAGCUAUUACAGCUUGUGCUUGUCUAUUGUAAUAUUAUUAUUAUUACUUUUAUUCUUCUCAUUAGAUUUGACAGUAACAUUCGUGAAUAAAUUAUUAUUCCUAUUGUUUGCCUCUUAUUCUGGGCCUCAAUUUUAUUUAUGCAUACAUGAUACCUGUGACCACGCCUGA